AUGAACAAACUACUGAGGCGACCGGCUCGCCUAUUCAUCAUCGUAUCCGCCAUUUUGGUAUGCUACUCCGUCUUCCAUCUUCUUCCAGCACGUGAUUCGACUGCGGGAACAAAGACCAGCACAGUCCGGCUUGAAUACGUCAAAAGCAGCUUCGACUGGUCUACGGUGGCAGAGAAGAACCCAGUUCCGGCUUCCUCGCGGAGGUCUCUUCCUAAGGGCACUCCUAAGAAGCUGCCCGGAGUCCAGCAUCGGUUCCGGGCGGACAAGACCUCGGCCGGGAAAGCGCGCCGUCAGAUCCUCGCAGAUCGGCGGGAUGAAGUCAGAAAUGCAUUCAUCAAGAGCUGGAAAAGCUAUCGACUCUACGCGUGGAUGUCGGACGAGGUAGCGCCCGUUUCGGGCGCCAGGAAGGACCCGUUUGGUGGAUGGGCAGCGACCUUAGUCGACUCCCUGGAUAGUCUCUGGAUCAUGGAUCUAAAGGAUGAAUUCUACGAGGCCGUCGCAGCAACAGCCCGCAUCGACUGGUCCGAGACAAAAGAGACGGCCUGCAACUGGUUCGAGACGACGAUCCGCCACUUGGGCGGGCUGCUGAGCGGCUAUGAUCUCAGCCGUGAGCCGGCGCUGCUCCGAAAGGCCGUCGAGCUCGGGGACAUGCUCUACACGGCGUUCGAUACGCCGACGCGGAUGCCUCCAUUCUGGCUCGACUUUGAACUGGCGAAAGCGGGUCAGCUGCGCGCCGGCACCCACGACCCAGCUGCCUCUACCACGUCCUCCACGCUCGAGUUCACGAGGCUGGCCCAGCUGACGGGCGAAAACAAGUACUAUGAUGCUGUGGACCGUGUCACGGAGAUGCUCGACCGGACGCAGAACGCGUCGAGGGUGCCGGGCAUGUGGCCGACGUUUCUAGAUCUACGGCGGUUUGAAUUCGCUCGUGAGGACGGCUUUACCCUCGGCGCCCUUGCCGAUUCCAUGUAUGAGAUGUUUCCCAAGGCAUAUGCUUUGCUAGGCGGGCUGGAACCCGUUUAUGAGAAAUUGUAUAAUGAUGCUAUGGAGGCUGUGAUUGCGCAUGUGCUCUUUCGGCCGAUGCUUCCUGAUGAGACAGAUGUGUUGAUUCCGGGUAAUGUGUGGGUGCGAGGCAGCGGCAAAAUCGAGUUGCAACCCGAAGCGCAACACUUGGCUUGUUUUGUCGGAGGCAUGUUUGGGUUAGGUGGUAAGCUGUUCAACCAGCCGGAUCAUGUUGAGAUCGGGGAGAAGAUCACGCGUGGCUGCGUGUGGGCAUACGACGCUAUGCCGUCCGGGAUGAUGCCCGAGAUCUGCAGUUUCGUGCCUUGUUCCCCCGGCGAGACAUGUUCGUGGAAGGGCGAUGCCUUUCUCGGAGAUCGAGGUCAGCCGCUUCCGAAGGGAUUCGAACAGGCCCGGGACCCUCGCUACAUUCUACGGCCCGAGGCUAUUGAGAGCGUCUUCUACAUGUACCGCAUCACGGGAAAAGAGGAGUACCAGGAGAUGGCCUGGCGCAUGUUUCAGUCGAUCAGAAAGGCGACUGAGACAGAGCUGGCGUUUUCGGCCAUCGCGGAUGUCACGGUAGACGCUUCGGAGACGGAGAAGACUGAUUCCAUGGAGAGCUUCUGGUUGGCUGAGACGCUAAAAUACUUCUACCUCAUCUUCUCACCGCCGGACCUCAUCAGUCUCGAUGAAUACGUUUUCAAUACUGAGGCUCACCCUUUUAGACGCCCUUGA